AUGGAUUCAGGAAGCAGUAGGGGUUUGGAGAAUACAGUUAAUAGAGUCUAUCCUGACCAGCUGGUUCCAAAGAUAAACACAUCCACCUUAACAAACCCAUCCAGCGUCCCGGAAAUGUCACAAGAGAUUAAGAAAAGUUGUGGAGAUAAACAGGUAGAAAUCACAGUUGAAAGAAUAAAAAUGGCAAAGAGCAUCAAAGAAAAACAAAGCAAUGAUUUAGAGAAAGUGGCCUUUAAAAGGAAGGCAGAAGGGGAAGAAAAGCCAACUGGAAGGAAAGAGGCAAAGAUAAUGGAACUUGUCAGCCCGUUGACGACCAUGCCACUGCCUCACAUCCCCUUAAAGAACAUCAUGGAUGUGGAGGGGAAGUUGGUUUAUGUCGACGAAGAGGACGUGAGCUAUGAGUUUGUAGAAUCCUUUAUUUCCACUGAGAUGCAGCCAACAUGCCAAGCUGCUGAAAUAGUAGACCCUUUGCAUGUACCUAAUUUCAGCUUUCUGCCUCAGAUUGACAAAUGGCUUCAGGUAGCCUUAAAGGAUGCCAGCUCUUGCUACAGACAAAAGAAAUAUGCCGUGGCAGCAGGACAGUUCAGAACAGCACUGGAGCUUUGCAGCAAAGGAGCAGUUCUGGGAAAACCCUUUGAAUCAUCUGCUGAAGAUAUAGCAAGCGUAGCAAGUUUUAUUGAGACAAAGCUUGUUACAUGCUAUCUACGGAUGAGGAAACCCGACCUUGCCCUGAAUCACGCGCACAGGAGCAUUGUUUUAAACCCAGCCUAUUUCCGAAAUCAUCUUCGUCAGGCAACAGUGUUUAGAUGUCUGGAGAGAUAUUCAGAAGCUGCCCGGAGCGCCAUGAUUGCUGACUACAUGUUCUGGCUCUGUGGAAGAAGUGACCAGUGUAUAAGCAAGCUCAUCAAACUGUAUUGGCAGGCCAUGAUUGAAGAAGCCAUCACCAGAGCGGAAUCUUUCUCAGUUAUGUAUACACCAUUUGCAACAAAAAUCAGAGCUGAUAAAAUGGAAAAAGUGAAAGAGGUUUUCACAAAAACUCAUCCUGCAUAUGUGGAAUAUAUCUAUACAGAUCUUCAAGGACUCCAUAUGUUGCCUCAGACAGUUGACUGGUCAUCUUUUCCUCCCCAACAAUACCUCUUGACUCUUGGGUUCAAAAACAAAGAAGACGGGAAAUUUUUGGAAAAAAUAUCAAGUAGGAAGCUGCCAACAUUUACAGAACAUAAAACUCCCUUCAGUCUGCUGACCAGAGAAGACACAGUGCGACACAUGGAAACAAUGGGGAAGCGAAUCUUGCCAAUAUUGGAUUUUAUUAGAAGCAGCCAAUUGAAUGGGAGUUUCUGUGCGUGGUCGGGUGUGAUGGAGAAGUUGCAAUACGCCAGCCUCCUCAGCCAGCUGCAGAGAGUAAAGGAGCAGUCCCAGGUGAUCAAUCAAGCAAUGGCAGAGCUAGCCACCCUCCCCUAUCUCCAGGACAUCAGUCAACAGGAGGGGGAAUUGCUGCAGUCACUAAUGGCAGAUGCUAUGGACACCCUUGAAGGAAGAAGAAACGAUAAAGAACGUGUGUGGAAUACAAUCCAAAAGGUUGGACAAAUUGAAGACUUUUUAUACCAAUUAGAGGAUAGUUUCUUAAAAACCAAAAAACUGAGAACUGCUCGAAGGCAAAAAACAAAAAUGAAGAGGCUUCAAACUGUGCAGCAAAGCUAG